AUGGCGACAUGUGGUUUCAGAAGAUCCAAAGCAGGUGCCAGUCCUGCAAACAAGGCAUCAGCAGAGAUCACAGCGCACCAACAGCAAGGGACAACUUCAUGUAGACCACAGGCUCAAAAAUGUCUGACACAGAGGAUGUUGGUGAAUAUGAAAGAGGAACGGCCAAGACCGAAGCUCGUUGUCCCCCAGAUUUCUUGUCCCAAAAUCCCUGAUGGAGAAAGGGUUGACUUCGAUGACAUUUACAGGAAGCGCAUGGAGAAAGAUCUUCUGGAACUACAGACUCUGAUUGAAGCCCACUUUGAGCAGAGGAAAAGGGAGGAGGAAGAACUGAUUGCCUUGAAGGAGAGGAUUGAACAUCGGAGAGCGGAGAGAGCAGAACAGCAGAGAUUCCGUGCAGAAAAAGAGCGUGACCGCCAAACCAGGCUUCUUGAAGAAAAAACACGCAAAGAGGAGGAAGAGGCCAAGAAACGUGCGGAAGAUGAUGCCAAAAAGAAGAAAGUCCUGUCUAACAUGGGUGCACAUUAUGGUGGUUAUCUUGUUAAGGUAGAGCAGAGAAGAGGCAAAAGACAGACAGGGCGUGAAAUGAAGAAGAAAAUUUUGGCGGAAAGACGCAAACCCCUCAACAUCGAACAUCUCAAUGAUGAAAAAAUGAGGGAGAAAGCCAAGGAAUUGUGGGACUGGAUGUACCAGCUGGAGUCUGAGAAGUUUGACCUGAUGGAGAAACUGAAACGACAGAAAUAUGAGAUUAACCUUCUGCAUAACCGCAUCAAUGAACACCAGAAAUUGUGA